GGGAAAAGAAAACGCAUACGCAUACACGUGACUACUAUUUUUCCCUUCUCUCCCAUUCUCCCUUCUCUCCUUGUUCCCUAAAACUUUACCAGUUGCCGGCCACCGCCGCUGCCACCGGAGAUUUGCUGCCGACUGACGCUUGUUGUGGUGCCGUCGCCCUCCAAAUCUCCAAUUUCAGUUUUAAUUUAAGUUUUAAGAAAAAUUUGGAAUGGCUAAGAUCGGGGCAGUGAGCAUUACCUCUUUCAACCUUGUAAAAGCUGCGGUUGUCUCCUCAUUCCAAUGGAAAUUAUUCUUCUUGAGCUGAUCAGUUAAUGGGGCUGCUAGCUGAGCAUAAUGCUGAAUAAAUCGGCUAUAAUAUCCUGUUAAGCCCAAAAAUCCCCUGAGUUCUUUCAAAUUCUUGGGCAGCGACCAUGCUUGCAUUGCUGCUACUUUCUCCGGGUCCAUUGCCACGCCUUCGCCUGAUACAAUGUGGCCGAGGUACGCCACUUGGGAUUGCCCAAUCACACAUUUCUUAGCGUUGGCAUAAAACUGAUGUUGAGCUAGGAGCUCUAAACUUCUGAUAAGUGUUGCUCAUGUUCCUCCAAGGAAGAACUGUAAACCAAGAUGUCAUCAAAAAACACCAAUACGAAGCGGCGAAGAUACGGCUUGAAGAUCUCGUUCAUUAGAGAUUGAAAAGUGGCAGGGGCGUUUGUUAGUCCGAAGGGCAUAACUAAGAACUCGUAGUGGCCCUCGUGAGUUCUAAACGCCGUUCUAUGCACGUCUUCCUUGCUCAUACGAAUCUGGUGGUAACCAGAUUUCAAGUCUAACUUAGAGAAGACAGUGGCCCCACACAAUUCAUCCAACAGCUCUUCAAUGACAGGAAUGGGAAAUUUAUCGGCAACAGUCUCUUUAUUCAGAGCUCGAUAGUCUAUGCAAAACCUCCAAGACCUAUCCUUCUUCUUCACCAAUAGAACUGGACUUGAGAAAGGACUCCGAGAUGGUUGAAUUAUUCCUGUUUGUAACAUAUCGGCCACCAAUCUUUCUAUUUCUUCCUUCUGAAUUUGGGGGUAUCGAUACGGUCGGACAUUAAUCGGAUUAGAACCAUUCUUUAAGGUAAUUUGGUGUUGUUUGGAGAGUAUUGGUGGUAAUCCAGUGGGCACCUAGAAAACGUCAGUAUAUUGUUGUAGCACACGUUGCAAGGAGUCUGGUACAUUUGUUGGUACCCCUUUUGUUGCCCCCAGCACUUCCCCUUGCAAGCUAGUCAGCUAUAUCAACAACCCACCCUUUGUCUUCUUAAUCACCUUCAUCAUGGACUUCAAGGUGAAUAUUGAUCUCUCCAGCGAGGGAUCCCCACAAAUAUGACCUUGCUUCCCUUCCACAUAAAUUGCAUGAGAGGGGUUUUCUAGUUGGUCGAUAUUGUGCCCAACUUGGCUAACCACUCAAUGCCUAAUAUUACAUCCGAAUGCCCAGCUCUAAUGGCAAAAAAUGAUUUGUGAUGCUAAGUGCUCCCAAAUCCACUUCCACAUCCCUACAACGCCCCAUCCCCAACCUUGUUUCUCCCGUACCUAAUGUUACCCCGAACUCCUCCGUCGGGUCGACAGGAUUUUCAAGUUUCUGGAUAAUUUUUAGUGAAAUAAAGUUAUGGGUGGCCCCCGAGUCUAUCAUCACCAUCACCUUGUUACCCUCAAUUGCCUUAUAGCUUCAUAGUGCGCGGGUUGUCAAUACCCACAACUGAGUUUAACGAUAUUCCCGUUGUUAUAGUUUUGGCCUUAACUGGGCCGUCAUUUUCUUCCUUAAUUUCGCAGUUAUCUUCAUCCCCCUCAGCUACAAUCAAAACACUCCACUCCUUUUUUUUUUGCAAAUGUGCCCCAUCCUCCAUUUCUCAUCACAUUUAUAACACAACCCUUUUGAUUUGCGAUCCUGAAAUUCUCGAUCACUCAGCCGUCGGGUGUUGUCGUGGGUUGGGUUUCGGUUUUGGGGGUUCGGAAUUUGGAAUGGGUUUCGCUGGGUGUGAAAAUUUGGUGACGGUUGGUAAUGUUGAGGUGUCGGGUUAAUUUUGUGGGUAACUGUUGGUGGGUUUUGUUUUGGGUAUGUAUAAGGGUGGUGGGGGUAUGAUGGUAACUUACAUCCAGGUCCACCUUGGUUAUUUAACAAUCCCAGGGCAAGUAACUUCUCCUCAAUCUUCACCGCCCAUUCUAAGGCUUCAUCCAUGUUCACCGGAUCCAUCAACCUCAAUUCCGUCUGAAUCUUCCAUUCUAACCCCUUAAUAAAAUUCGCUAAUAAACACGAUUGGCAGCGAAUUGUAUGAACACCUUCUCAUAUUCUUCGACUCCACCUUCUUGUCGUAUGCUCAUCCAUUGCUCCAUGAGAAAGCCCCUUUUGCGUCCCCGGAAGUGUUUCAACAUCAUCCUCCUCAACAUUCUCCAAUUGGUGAUGGUACUUCUUUUGUUCUCCCAUUGGAACCAUGCUAACGCAUCUUCCGCCUUACUAACCCAUCCAUCUGGAUCGUCGUUGAAAAAAUUGGGAAUUCCAGCUUACGAACAUUCCAGUGGUUUUUUUUUUUUUUUUUUUUUUUUUUUUUUUCCUUCUGUAUUUCAUUCCACCGAGUGCCGAAGCUCCUCUAUGUAUGCUAGUUCCUCCCCUUCUUUUUGACGGUUUUGCUCCACCUCCGACCUUUCCUGGUUGCUAACUUGAGUGGUUUCACCAUUAUUUUCUCCCAUCUGAGCAUUUAUGGUUUUGACUUCCGCCAUAAGCGUGGUCAAGACAGCCGUAAUACUCCGUUGACCUUUUGUACACUAAUCCAAUUUUUUGUUCUGAUCUGCAACCACCCUCGACUGAGACUCUUCAAAGCAUUUUUUUAACUCAUUGAACCGUUCCUCCAUGCAUUCCUUCAACUCUGGAAUAUCUCCCUGUAAUGCAGCAACAACCUCCUCUAAUUCAUCCAGACGAGUGGCUUGUGCGGGCGGCAUGAUCGGUAAUGCUCUGAUACCACUGUUGUGAAUGUGAUUAGCACUAUAGUAAAUGAACCAGCAAAACAAGCUUAGCAAUAUUGACACAGAAUAGUAAAAGAGAAAGAAGAGAGAAAUAUCAGCUAAAGUGGAAUGCUUGUAUUAUUUAAUAGAGAGCAGUGUACUCCCUCGAGCUCUUCGAGUGGCUCGAUAACUCCUACGGUACAAGACCAAUUGGUACUACAAGCAUAAUGAAAUCUAUUCCCCCCUUCUUUAGAUAUUGUAAGUACUAUAUUCUAGAAGACUUCUAAAAUACAGCUCAGCAAAAUAUAAAGACCCCCAUUGACAACAUCUUUUUGUGAAAAUCAGCCAAAGGUUUUGGCAUAAAUUUCAAUUCCUUCAUUUGGAUUAAAAUCUGUCACCCAGAAUUAUGCCUUCAUUGCAAUCAGCAUUACCUCCAGAACUUGCCAACAAUGUCAUCAGGCUUUAUCGUGAAUGUCUACGGCGAGCAAAAUAUAUUGGGAGUCAGCAACAUAACACACCACUUCUGGUUAGUAUGGUAAGGCAACAGUUCAAGAAACACAUGCAUGAGACAGAACCAGAGAAAAUUCAGAAGCUAAAGGAUGAUGCGGCCAGGGGACUUAUAAAUCACAUGCUGUACGAGUCAGAAAGGCUGACUGGUCAAAAGAUCAGCAAAAAUUGAGCUUCUGACUUCCUUGCAGGAAGAGUAUGAUCUGACCAGUAGUUUUGAUGAUCAUUCCAUCAAAAUAUGUUGUAAUAAAAGAUUUUGGAUCUGUUUAAGAGCUAGUUUUUGGUCUGCAUUUUGGUUUACAAAAGAUAUUGGAGAGCUAUUAAGAAGUAAUUGCAGUUAUAUACAACUGAAUUUGAAUUUAAUAGUUGUAAUAGAAGUACACUGAUCUGCAUCGCUGUUGGCUGUAAUAGAAGGUGGAAUAAUUGAUCGAGUUUGGGUAAAGCUCUUUGCAGCCCUUGUGACGGUUGAGUUACAGACUCCUGAUCGAGUACACUCUGAUUAGCAUCCCCAUGAGAAUGCCACUAAAUUUAUUUUGAUCGAACUCCUUUAUUUUGUAACAAUUUCAUUUUGAGUAAUGUUAUCACCAUUUCUUUGAUUUGGAAAAUUGUAUUUUGUCUCAAGUAUUUUCUGAUUGUUUUACUUGUGUACUUAACAAUGCAGAGAAAAAUUAAUAAAAUGACUGUUUUAUUUCC